AAUUCGUUUUUCAUGUCAAAUUCAUCCUUGGAAACCAUGGUCAACAACUUCUACGAGGCGGACACAGAGGUCUUCUGGGACGUGACUGACUUCCCUAUCCGUACCGAUCGCUCUUAUCUCGAGACUCUCAGAUCAGUUCUUGUCAGCAAUGGUUAUACUGGUGAGCUAAAAAUCAGGGCUUAUGGUGAGAAGAAACCGCACAAUCUGGGUGAUGGAGUCACCUUCCUACUUAAAACGGAGAAAUUUUCGAGACUUGGUAGGAUGUUAGUGGACAUUGGUCUAUGGGAAUUGGACACAACUCGCUUGUUUGCUUGUACCCCAAAAAAUGUGAUGGUAAUCGCAGAAAACAUAGACGAAGAUACAGACUUUGUCUACGUUUCUAGGAAUUUGAGAUCACCUGCUAAUAAUUGUCUCUGGGUACUGCCUGAUGAUUACGAAAAGGAGAAAAUAAAGCGUGUGAAGCUUCCUAGUGCAAGCUUUAUAUGGAUAUGGAAAGAUCUACUGGCUGGAAAAAAGCCCAUGUCCUCAGAGAAGUUAUCUUCAUUGCGUUGCAAGGCUCCCUUUGAGCGCGCCUGGGCUGAGAUUUGAUUCCAAGAAUAAUAAUGUAUCUGAACUUAAAUGUUUGAUUCCAAGAACAAUGUGUAUCUUUGUGUAAUAAUCUCUCAUCUGCAACAACUAUGUGGGUUCAAUUUGAUGAUUUUGCAGUUGCAACCUUUUUUUUCCCAUUUUCUGCUUGUGUAAUUUCAUAGAGCCAGAUACUUUUUUCUGCUCCCAUUAAUUGAAGAAUUUAUAACUGUUAAAUCAAAACAAACGAGUGCGUAAAUGGCAAGUUAAAGACGAUCUACAA